UAUCCAAUUCAGAUUCUGAACAUCAUCACUCUGCCUUUGUUCGUCAAAGCUUAUUAUUUUUAAGUUCUCAUUUAUUUGUUUUUUUUGUUUGUGUGUGUAUGUUAAUUUAGUUUAACCUUUAGUCAAACUGACAACUGUUUAUUAAUUUUAUUUAGUGUACCAACAUGGCCUCUAUGGGGUUGGAAGUCCAACCAAACGGUCGUAUUGAUGUAUCCAAGGAUCCUGAACUUAAAUAUUUGGUUGUUGAUCGGAAUUUAGUGGCUGAUCCAGCCCAACAGGCUGAAUGGUCAAAUAAAAAGUUAAUCUGGAUUCCCCAUGAUACCCAAGGAUUUGUGGCAGCCUCUAUAAGAGGUGAAACUAGUGAUGAAUAUGAGGUUGAAAUAGUUGAAACGGGGAAAAAAGUUAUAGUUCCCAAAGAUGAUGUUCAAAAAAUGAAUCCACCGCGGUUUAAUAAAGUUGAAGAUAUGGCCGAGUUAACAUGCCUCAAUGAAGCAUCCGUUUUACACAAUCUUAAAGAUCGUUAUUUUUCUUGCCUUAUCUACACCUAUUCCGGUUUGUUCUGUGUAGUUGUCAACCCAUACAAAAAGUUACCUAUCUACACAGAAAAGGUUAUCGAAUUGUAUAAAGGUAAAAAGAAACAUGAGGUACCUCCACAUAUUUUUGCCGUUACAGAUGGUGCCUACCGGAGUAUGCUUCAAGACCGUGAAGAUCAAUCUAUUCUCUGUACUGGUGAAUCUGGUGCUGGUAAAACAGAGAAUACUAAAAAAGUUAUUCAGUAUUUAGCUUUUGUUGCCUCAUCUAAGCCUAAACCGUCCAUCGUAGCUGCAGUUCAAUCAGGUGAACUUGAACAACAAUUGCUUCAAGCCAACCCCAUCUUAGAAGCUUUUGGUAAUGCCAAAACGGUCAAAAAUGACAAUUCGUCUCGAUUUGGUAAAUUCAUAAGGAUUAAUUUUGAUGCCUCUGGUUUCAUUGCGGGAGCCAAUAUUGAGACUUACCUUUUAGAAAAAUCUCGGACAAUCAGGCAAGCAGUCGAUGAAAGGUGUUUCCAUAUAUUUUAUCAAUUAUUGAAUGGUGCCUCACCCGAACAGUCGAAAGAAUUUCUUUUGGAAGAUGUUAAAAAUUACACAUUCCUCACCCAUGGUAAUGUACCUGUACCGGGUGUUGAUGACGCCUUUGAAUUUAAAAAUACUUUUCAAGCUAUGCAAAUAAUGGGUCUCAGUCCUGAAGAUUUAAGUGCCAUAUUUAAAGUAAUCUCUGCCGUGUUACUCUUCGGUAAUAUGAAAUUUAAACAAGAAAGAAAUUCAGAUCAAGCCACAUUACCUGACAACACGGUUGCCCAAAAAAUUAGCCAUCUUCUCGGGAUGAAUGUUACCGAAAUGACUAAAGCAUUCCUUAAACCACGACUACGGGUAGGCCGUGAUUUUGUCACUAAGGCCCAAACUAAAGAGCAAGUUGAAUCAGCUGUUGAAGCAAUUGCUAAAGCUUGUUAUGAACGAAUGUUUAAAUGGCUGGUCCAUCGAAUUAAUCGUUCACUCGAUAGAACAAAAAGACAAGGGGCUUCCUUCAUCGGUAUUCUUGAUAUUGCUGGUUUCGAGAUAUUUGACCUCAACUCUUUCGAACAGCUCUGUAUAAAUUAUACAAAUGAGAAGUUACAGCAACUUUUUAACCACACUAUGUUUGUUUUGGAACAAGAAGAAUAUCAAAGGGAAGGUAUUGAAUGGAAGUUUAUUGAUUUCGGCCUUGAUCUUCAGCCAACAAUUGAUCUUAUUGAAAAGCCAAUGGGUAUUCUUGCACUUCUAGAUGAAGAAUGUUGGUUCCCGAAAGCAACGGAUAAAACUUUCGUUGAAAAAUUAGUUUCAGCUCAUGCAACGCACCCUAAAUUCAUUAAAUCUGAUUUUCGAGUGUCUGCUGAUUUUAGCAUCAUUCACUAUGCUGGAAAGGUUGAUUAUUCAGCAAAUCAGUGGCUGAUGAAAAAUAUGGAUCCAUUGAAUGAAAAUGUUGUUGUUCUUUUACAAAACUCAUCUGAACCUUUUAUUAUGCAAAUAUGGAAAGAUGCUGAAAUUGUUGGCAUGGGUAUGGCAACCAUGGGAGACACCCAAUUCGGAGCAAGAACAAGAAAAGGAAUGUUUAGGACCGUCAGUCAGUUUUACAAAGACCAACUAUCUAAAUUGAUGGUUACUCUGCGAAAUACCAAUCCAAACUUUGUUCGAUGUAUCAUUCCUAACCAUGAAAAGAAAGCUGGUAAAAUUGAUGCCACUCUAGUUCUUGAUCAAUUAAGAUGCAAUGGUGUUCUUGAAGGAAUCCGUAUUUGCCGACAAGGUUUUCCUAAUCGCAUACCUUUCCAAGAGUUCAGACAAAGGUAUGAACUCCUCACACCCAAUGCAAUACCUAAGGGAUUUAUGGAUGGUAAAUUAGCUUGUGGGAAGAUGAUUGCAGCACUUGAUUUAGAUCCCAACCUUUACCGUAUUGGUCAAAGUAAAAUUUUCUUCCGAGCUGGUGUACUAGCGCAAUUGGAGGAAGAAAGAGAUGCAAAAAUAUCUGAUUUAAUCAAAAAUUUCCAAGCCAUGUGUCGUGGUCUGAUUGCUCGACGUAACUAUCAGAAACGUUUACAACAGCUCAAUGCUAUUCGAAUCAUUCAACGUAACUGUGCAGCUUACUUAAAGCUUCGCAAUUGGUCAUGGUGGAGGUUGUAUACUAAAGUAAAACCUUUACUUCAAGUCACCAAACAUGAUGAACAGUUACUUGCCAAAGAAGAUGAACUUCGUCAUGUGAGAGAACUUAAAGAAAAAUUGGAAUUGGAAAUCAAUGAAAUGGAAAAGAAACUAGGUGCAGAAAGAGAAGAAAAAGCUGCUCUGGUUGAACAGCUUCAAGCAGAGACUGAGAUAGCUCAGGAAGCAGAAGACGCUCGAGUUCGACUUGCUGCACGAAAACAAGAGUUAGAAGAUAUUUUGCAUGAUUUAGAAGCUCGAAUCGAAGAAGAGGAAGAACGUAAUCAAGCUCUUGCUGCAGAAAAACGAAAACUUGCAGUAGUCAUUCAAGAUCUGGAAGAGCAACUGGAGGAAGAAGAAGCUAAUCGACAGAAAAUUCAACUAGAAAAAUGUACAUUAGACGCCAAAGUCAAGAAAUUAGAAGAGGAAAAUGCUCUUCUUGAUGAUUCCAACAACAAAUUAGUCAAAGAGAAGAAAGUUCUUGAAGAAAGGCUGGCCGAAGUCUCCAAAUCAUUGUCCGAAGAGGAAGAAAAGGCCAAACACCUCAGUAAAUUGAAAGCCAAACACGAAACAACCAUUCAAGAUCUUGAAGAACGUCUUUCAAAAGACACUCAGAUUCGUCAAGAAUUGGAGCGAGUUAAAAGAAGAUUUGAGACUGAGCUCAACGAUGUCAAAGAACAGUUGAAUGAGAAACGUCUUCAACUAGAAGAACUUCAAACUCAACUUGGUAAACGAGAAGAGGAAUUGAGUCAAGCUUAUUUACGCUGUGAUGAAGAAAGUGUUCUCAAAGGCCAAGCUCAGAAAGUUUUAAGAGACAUUGAGUCUCAACUUGUUGAACUUCAAGAAGAUUUGGAAAGUGAAAAACAAGCUCGUGCAAAAGCUGAAAAACAAAAGAGAGACCUCAACGAGGAAUUGGAAGCUCUCAAAAAUGAAUUAUUGGAUUCUCUGGAUGUGACUGCUACACAAAAAGAGAUCGCCAUAAAGAGGGAACAAGAACUCCAUCAUAUUAAAAGUGCUAUUGAGGAAGAAGCUUCACAGCACGAAACACAAGUUGCUGAACUCAGAGCCAAAUAUUCAAAGAGUAUCGACGAACUCAACGAGCAAUUAGACAACUUGAAGCGCGCUAAAGCCAGUUUGGAGAAAGCUAAAUCUAACCUCGAAGCUGAAAACGCUGAUAUGGCCAAUGAAAUCAAAAGUCUUACAGCCAUUCGCCAAGAAAGUGAACGUCGUCGAAAACAAUUGGAAAUUCAACUUCAAGAAAUGACCACCAAAUUUGUCGAUAUGGAAAGAAGUAAAGUUGAGUUGAAUGAAAAGUCUUCCAAAUUACAAGCAGAGCUUGAUAAUGUGAAUGCUCAGCUUGAAGAGUUAGAAAGACGAGCCAGUCAAACAGCUAGAAAUAAUCAAGCUUUGGAGGCUCAAUUAUCUGAAUCACAAGAUCUUCUCCAUGAAGAGACUAAACAAAAGCUGUCACUUACCACUAGACUUCGUCAAAUGGAGUCAGAGAAAGAAAACCUUGCCGAGCAACUUGAGGAAGAAGAAGAGACAAAGAAACAACUUGAGAAAAAGAUUGUUGAAUUGUCAAGUCAAAUCAACGAUUUCAAGAAACGCACCGAUGAUGAAAAUGACAUGUUGGCUCAAAGUGAAGAAGUUAAGAAACGGUUAACAAAAGAAAUCGAGAUAUUGCAACAAAAGCUGGUGGAAACUAUUGGAAAUUCUGAUAAGUUUGAGAAAUCGAAGAAAAAACUUGAAUCAGAAUUAGAAGAUCUGAAUGUUGAACUGGAAAAUCAACGUGCUAAAGUCUCCGAGCUUGAGAAGAAGCAGAGAAAGUUUGAUGCUAUGUUAGCAGAAGAAAAGGCAGCCUCUGAAAGAAUCGCUGCCGAACGUGAUAACGCAGAAAGAGAGGUCCGAGAAAAAGAAACGAAAAUUUUAUCAUUAAUUCGUGCCUUGGAAGAAAAAGAGGAACAGUAUGAAGAACUUGAACGACUCAAGAGACAAUUAUUAACUGAAUUAGAUGAAUUGAUGAGUAAUCAAGGUGAUACCGAUAAGAACGUUCAUGAAUUGGAAAAGGCCAAACGUACUUUGGAAAAUCAAGUUACCGAUAUGAAGACCCAAAUUGAAGAACUGGAAGAUGAAUUGCAGUUAGCCGAAGAUGUCAAAUUGAGAUUAGAGGUUAACAUGCAAGCUUUGAAAGCUCAAUUUGAACGUGAUUUACUUGCACGAGAUGAACAAUCUGAAGAAAAACGUCGCGGUCUUUUGAAACAAAUCAGGGACUUGGAAGCUGAAUUAGAAGACGAACGAAAGCAGAAGAGUCUCGCUAUGGCGGCCAAAAAGAAAUUAGAAAGUGAUUACAACGAACUUGAACAGCAGUUAGAAAUCUCAAAUAGAUUAAAAGAAGAAGCCAAUCGUCAAUACAAGCGCCUUCAAGCUCAAAUGAAAGAAUUCCAAAAGGAUUCUGAAGAAACCUCUUCAAUGCGUGAAUCUUUGGUUGCUCAAACCAAAGAAGCUGAAAAGAAAGCAAAACAGUUGGAAGCUGAGGUAGCUCAUCUUCAAGAAGACUUAGCUACCAGUGAUAGGGCUCGAAGAUUGGCCGAAAAUGACAGAGAAGAAUUAAUGGAAGAAAUUGAAACUCAUGUUAAUCGUUUCUCAUUAAUGCAAGAAGAUAAACGACGACUUGAAGUUCAAAUUGCCCAAUUACAGGAAGAAUUGGAAGAAGAACAAUCCAAUGCUGAAAUGGCCAUAGAUAAACUUCGUAAAGUAACAGCUCAGAUCGAAGUUUUAAAUACUGAAUUAGCAAAUGAAAGAGCAUCUAUGCAGAAACUUGAAAACGAUAAAUCUGUUAUUGAAAGGCAAAACAAAGAGCUUAAAGCAAAACUUCAAGAAGUCGAAACGUCCCAACGAUCUCGAACCAAGGCUAGUUUUGCUUCAAUGGAAACCAAAAUUGCUCAACUUGAAGAACAAUUAGACAUGGAGAUGAAAGAGAAACAAGCAGCAACCAAAGCUGCUCGUAAACUGGAGAAGCGCUUGAAAGAAGUUACAAUACAGAUCGAUGAUGAGCGUCGUCAUACCGAUCAAUUUAAAGAACAAAUUGAGAAGGCAAAUAAUCGAGUUAAAGGAUUAAAGAGACAAUUAGAAGAAAUGGAGGAAGAAUGUUCCAGGGAAAGAGGAUUCCGCAGAAAGGCUCAACGUGAUUUGGAAGAUGCAAUUGAAGCCAAUGAAGCAUUGAAUAGAGAAGUAGCAAGUCUCAAGAAUAAAAUGAGACGUUCUGGACCAGGCUCAUCUACCAGGGGAUACUUAGGAACAAAACGAGGUUCAAUUGGUACUGGUGGUGAUGAUGGUUCAAUUGGAUCACCAAUUGAUGAUUCACCUAAUGAUUGUUCACCAAGUGAUUGAUUUCACUUUUCAAUCUAUUUCCAAGCGUUGAGUCAAUCAUCAAAAAAUUAAAUCAUUUUAAUAUCAUCAUCAUUAUCUUGUUACAAUUAUAUUGACUUACUAAUAUUUAAAAUUCAUGGGGUGUUAAAAUCUAAACUUGUCAACUGAUGAAUAUAAGCUUUGAAUGAACAUUUGAACCAUUACAAUCAAAAAAAACUUAACCGCAAAAAGCGUAAUCAUAUUAGAAUUAUUAACAAAGCUUUUUUGGCAUAUCUCUUUUAACAGUAUGAUUAUUAUUCCAUAAAAUUGAAACUCUUAAUUGACAUUUGGAUCAACAAAAUGAUGUUUUAACUCGAAAAUUGCAAAGCAAAAAAUCAGAGGAAAAAAAUUGAUUCUGAUUUUAAUGAGUCUGUUGAUAUAUUCUUAGAUCUCGAAGAUGCUUAUUAACUAAUUAACAUCAUAUUUGAGUCAUUAAGGGUCUCAAAGGUUCGAAAAGCUAUUUAAGCUUUCUCAAAGUUAAUCAAAUAAAAUCAAAUCGACAGCUCAUCUCCGCCUUUCCACCAGUCUUCUCCCCUCUUCUCUCUUCUUCUCUUCCAUUCCUCCCUUUGGUCAUAUGUUUUUGCUCUUUCUCUCAGCAUUCUUCUUGCUCACAUUCUUUAUAUUUGUAUCACAACUCGUAUAAAAUUGUUAUAUCUUCAA